AUGCGAGCGAUACACGAAUAUGGAUUUUUCAAAGACUACAAUCCUCCCGGCCAGUUCGGGUUCAACCCUAACCGAGGUAGAGGAGAGGACUACCAACACCCUGCCAUCAUCGAUACCCGCGUAGGCGAACAAGAUUACCGUAUGCUUGUUCGCCCGGGGAGGGACAUGUUCUGCCUUAAGAUGCAACAUUGGACAUGUCCUGUAGGCCUGCCAUUCGAUGCAGAUAUACAUAUGUCAUUCCUCAGCCACACCUCAUUUAAACGCGAUCUUGCGGCAUUCCAGCGCCUCAAGCUCAGGAACAUCGCUAUUGAAUUUGAUCAGAGCUGGUUUAGAGCUUUUCCUGAUUCCAUACACAACCUGAAAAAUGAGGAGUCUGAGAGAGGGUACUUGGGAUAUUGGCUUGCUUGGAUUAACGGGCCACAGCGUCUCCCAAAGCUGUGGAUCAUCGACAAAGAAGCGAAGUGGGCUGGCCCAUUUUUCAACCACGACAUCGUAUACCGAGACUUCGACGCAGAAUAUAUCCAAGUUGACUGGUCCGAUGUUGUCAACUACGAGGGCUAUGGGGCUCCCCGUACUGCAUCCCUCUUCAUGAAGAAGAUGGAACUUUGGUGGCGGGAUGUUGGUUACCGGCCAGUUAAUGGCGAUGGCUUCAAACCGAGAGACAUUUUCAGGCUUCUUGUUCGCCGGGAUAACGAGGUGGAGAAUCCUGGGCUUAGCAAUUGGCAUGAUGGGUUCGGCUGGGUCAUUGACAAGGAUGAUGAUUGGGAUGAGCGUUUGGGUAUGAUCGAUUACUCGGAUGGGGAUGAGGAUUCCGAUGAGAAUUUGGAUUCGGAUGCCAGCUCGCAUGAGGAUUAG